CAACCCAUAGUGUCAACCCUAUCUCCUUCGCUUUUAAAGGAUUUAUUUUUGGGUAUCGUUCACUCAUCUUCUAAAAGAACCAAAUUCGGAAAAAUGUCUGAAAAGAAAUCUACCAAAAAUGGAUGGAGGUCAGCAAGAGAACCAAUGACAAUGAACGAAGAAGAGUUCAAAAGAUUUGAAGCACUGAUGAAAGCAGCAUUGAAUACUCUUCCUAUUACCAACAAGGAAAUAAUUGCUAAGUCAAAGGCUCGGACAAAAGCCAAAAGAGAGCAAAGAAAAAGUUAA